AUGUCCGGUUUAUUCCUGAGUAUCUUGGUUUUUGGUGCAAUUGUAGAAAAUGUGAAAUACCUGGAUUGUUAUGUGUGUAAGAAAUCUGUUGAUGGGAUUCUAUAUCUUACUGCAAUCCACCUGAUAUAUAUGGAGGUUUCUGGGGUAGCCCGGAAAGAAACAUGGAUUGUACUGCAUCACAUUGCCAAUGUAGAGAAAUUGCCUAUCACUAGCCUGGGCUGUCCCCUUAUCCUCCACUGCAAGAACUUCUGGGUGGCCCACUUUGUUUUAGACUCUGACAUUGUGUGCCAUGAUGUUUAUAAUUUGCUGCUCAAUCUUUCUCAGCCAGCAUUACCUGAAGAUCUGUAUGCUUUUUCUUAUAAUCCCAAAUCCUCGAAAGAGAUGAAGGAAAAUGGGUGGAAACUGAUUGACCCAAUAUCAGACUUUGGGCGUAUGGGAAUACCCAACAGGUACUGGAUCAUAACAGAAGCCAACAGAAACUAUGAGCAGCAAAUGCUGCUCUCCCAGGUCUGGGACCUUUUCCUGUGGGGAGGCCGCAUGUCCUCUACAAAAUGCACUCCAUGCAUGGGAAGUGCUUCUUCCCAUGUGGUUCAUGGACCCCUUGGACCCUGCUGCCUGUUCCUGGAGAUUCCCCCUGAUUCCUCACCGGAGCACUGCCUGGUAUUAUUCUGGUAUGGUAUGUAUAACCACUGUGAUAAAGGGCUGCUGCUUAACAGCCUCCUGGAAAUUAAGAAGCAGAGAUAAAUGCUGGAGUCAGAUAUGCACAAACUAGAAAAGAAACUGCAAGCCCAUGAUGAGCCACCAAAAGAAGUCUGUACAUGCUCUCAAUUAGGGAAUUUAUUAUCUCAGCAUCUGGGAAGUUCUUUGACCAAUCCUCUUGACUUUAUGGGUAUUGAUGGAUACCUGAACACCUUGAUGGAGAAUGGCACCAUAUCCAGCAAAGGAGGCUUCCAGGCUCAGAUGGAUCAAGUGAAAAGACAGUGUGCAGACUUUCACCAUGACUGUUGUGGGAUCAUAGGCAGCCUUAGGGCCAUAAACAUUUCUGGGGAUAUGGGAUUCUCUGGAAACAUGGGUAUCUCUGAAUCGAGGGGCAUCUAUGGGGCCACAGGCAUCUCUGGCAACGUGGAUAUCUCUGAGACUAUGGACUGCUCUGAAAACAUCAGCAUCUCUGGGAGCAUGGGCAUCUUUGGGGACACAGGUAUCUCCAAGGCCAGCACAAAAGAAGCAGGCUGCUAUAAGCAACGGGAGCUUGAAACUCAUCACUUCCAUCCAAAUAGCAAGAAAAAAGUUGAACAAACUGAAGAUCCACAGCUUUUUUAAAGAUCCAUCAGAGAAUUUAGAUCACAGGACAAACUACUUUCUCCCAAAUUGGAGAGACAUGCAGAUACAGAGGAAUCACAGUUUAUCAGAGCAGAAAGCCAAGAAUAAAAACCUCCAUGUGAACCAG